AAACUCUAGCUUGGAAUCAUCAAUGUGCAAUCGCAUUUUCCAACUAGAGCGUGACAAUAGCUUUUUUCUUCUUGAUAAAAGCAGACAAUAUUGGAGCAAAAUUAAAACGGUCCUGGAUCAAGCUCCCUCUCAGAGGGAGUAUAACCGAUUACUCGAGUUUAAGAAUCGAGAUCUCCAGAUCUGGGAGAUGAAACAUUAGGCUUUUUCUCUUUUUCGAGAAGUGCUUUCUGAGCAUCCUUCCUUGGCCGAAAAGGCCUACUACAAUCCGCAAGAAGCCUUUAUCGACUUCUUUGACGAGAUGUGAGAAGAAAUAGAAAUCGAACUCCAAUCUGCGGACGCAGACCGAAGCGAAAUUGUUAUAUUAAAUAAAAUAGUAGAUGAUAUCAGCAAAAAAGGUCCUACUAUAUUAAAAAAAUCUUGGGCCAUUUUGAUAAAGAUGUCGAUUUCUAAUUUUAUAGUUAUAGUUGUCUUUUUGAAACAGACAGUUCACAGUGCUUAUUCUAUAUAUACUUGAAAAUCCAACUCAUGAAUCUACUCUAUUUUCAUUACGAAGAUGUAUUGAGUCAGGAUCCGUUGCUCAAAUCGAAUCAAACCAAUGUUAUGGAAGUUCCUACACUGUGUAAGAUAAGAGUAGGACCAAAGGCAUCACCUUCUAUCAAAAAUGGAAAAUUGGCUAUGGAGAUUCCUCGCGGUUAGAAAUUAAUACAGCCGUUUUCAACAGAAAAGUCUUUUGGAUCCAAUCCAUUCUUGGAGUCAAAUAAAAAAGGAUAUGUCAGCGACUUAGCACAACAAAGCACUCUCUGAGGACAUGGAAUGUCUAAUUUCUUGGUCAUAAUCUCCACAGUAAUGUCUCUGUUAGAUUCUUCGAUUGAAAUACGAGAAAACCCCGUUCAAUUCUCGAUGGAAACGGAGUUUUGCGAAUUCUCCCCAGAAUUGGAAGAUCAUUUCGAGAGCUUCGAACAUAUUCGAGGGUUCAAUGUGACUAUUGUCACUUCGGCCAACACACAAGAUGAGAUUUUACCACUGUGGAGCGGCUUUUUGCAAAAAGAUGAGAAGAAAACUCAGUAAGAUGUCGGAGAAGCGAAAUAUACGCGAUCACAAACGUAGAUUGCUCGUGGCUAAAUAUGAAUUGAGAUGAAAGCUUUAUAAAGCCUUUUGUAAAGAUCUCGAUCUUCCUAGU